UGUCACAGUUGGGAUGGAAAUUGCUUUUAGCCCUUGGUCUGAGAAGAAGAAGAAGUGAUUGUGAAGUCACUCACUGGAGUUGCAGUUGGCAGCAGUUGGAUGCAUUGUGGAAGCAUUUCAUUCCCAUCUUGGACUUGGGAGUGUGAUGGUGGCUCAUGAAUUCUCUGCAUGAAGAGUGUGUUUAUUUAUUUGUUUACAAAUACCUGUAUUUAUUUUCUGGUGUGUGACUUUUUCAAAAGAAAGUGCAGCAGUUGUAGAGCCCAUGGCAUCAACUCCUGAACUCAGCACUGCUGAUCAGGAAGCCAGUGGCAUCACCAACAGGAGAGUCUCAGCACUGACACCCUUCCUGCUCAAGUCAAGGCCACCAGGUGUCGCUGCUGGUGAAGAUGCAGGCCGCAGACCAUCCGCCAUGAUGCUGGAGGCCAUCAUGUUGGCCAGGAGCAGUAAGCCAUCUUCCCCCAGUUCUGAGCCCACCACUCCAAACUACCCUGUGGAAGUGCCCAUCAUUUCCCUCACACCUUCCUCUGAUGAGUCUCUGGCAACCCAUGUCUCAGCUGCUGCUACUGGUGACUCAUCCCAACUACAGCAGGACUCAUGCAUAAUUGAACUGGCCCCAUCAUCAUCAUCAUCAACACAAGCCCUGGGCAACAAGAGCAGCAAAGUGGACCAACCGGUUCUGGCAUCCAUCAGCAAUAAGCCAAGUUCUUCCAGAACAGGCUCUUCAUUGAGUAUUGCUGCUGGCAAGGAGAGGAGGAAGUGCUCUGGUGUGCCCAAAUUCCUGCAGCAAUUGUCAAUGGAGAUGAAAAUCAGCAAGGACCCUGAGGGCAAAGGGACCAAGAAGAGGAGGGACUUUUAUGCUACCCAGAGCAGUGAGGAGGAGUUGUACAAUGUCAUCUCUCUGAGCACACCUUUGAUGGAGCCUGAGAGAAGACUGUCCACUCAGCUGCCACCUGAAAUGGUCAUGAGGGAUGGGGAGUGGAAAGUGCCACAGGACCCAUUCCCCAGCCCAGCCUCAACCCCUAAACCCCUGCCUAAGAAGGCUGCCCUGAUCAAGGCUGAUGAGGUGUGUCACCUGCCAGUGGCACCAGCCACUCCCCCACCACCUGUCAUCAUCUUCAAAUUUUUUAAGCUGCCAUCAUUUUUGGCCAAGAAGAAGCAAGACCAAGAAGCCUGGGACCUGUUUUGGGAGAAGAUUUUUGUAUUGGUGCUCUUCAUUUGCAUCCUGUCUUGUCUGGUCACCACUCAUGUGUACUUGUGGAACCGCCUCAGGCAGCAUGUCAUUGGAGGACAAAUGCAUUUCUAUGAGGAGCACAUGAGGAUUGAGUUUUGGAACCAAGAGGACACAGUGGUGCUUAGGGGGUCCAUAGGGAAGUCUUUGAAGCAUGUCAAGAUGGACCCCUUGCCUUGUUUGCCUGAAGGAGAACUUCCUGGUGACUCUGUGUGUUUGGAGUGGAAGCACAAAGCCAGACUGCACAUGACUUCAUCCCAACCAGCCCCUGGGAUCCACUGUUAUGGUACAGCCUGGCAAGACCUGAGGGCCAGACCAGGGCCCAUGACAGACUGUUUUGAGGACUCAGGUGCAGCCUGGUAUGGUGCAGGAGAUGGAGUGCCUUAUCCCAUGAACUCUGCCAACAUCAGCUUCAAGCCCUUUGUGUCUGGAGUGUUUGGAGAGACUGUGGUCAGGAGGUUCUGGCUCAACUCCAAUGGUGUCCUCAUCACUGUGCCCCAGUCUGUGCCACUGUUUGUCUCAGUCAAGAGGAAUGAGUACCAGGGCUUCUUUUGCCUCAGGAGCCAAGUGGACACCAAGUACUACAAUGUGAACCAGACCCUGUGGCAACUACAGGGCAGACCCAUGCUGAGUUACACCACUUGUGUGGCCAACAGUCUGGCUCAAGUGCAUGAGUUCAUGCAGCCAUCCAGACCCAGCAAUAAUAAGUUGCCAUCAUCAGCAGGGAUGGUCAACAAGGGGAAACCCAAGGCCAACAAGAAACCCAAUCAGUCCUUGCCCACCACCACAACCCCUGUGCCCCUGGUCACCAGACCACUGAAGCAGAAGAAUGGGUUCAUCUACAGACCCUCUCCCAGUAGUCCCAAGGACCCAGAGAAGAUGGUGUUCAACCAAACCCACCUUUUGAACAUGACCAUGAAGCUCAGCCAAACUGGGGCCAACCAUGCCUGGAUUAUCCUGGAUCACAGGUGGCAAAGUAAAAUUGGGGACUUUAUAUUUGACAAGGACCUGUUCCCCAAUGUCACUGAGUUGAUGGAGACUCUCAGGACAAGAGGCUUCACUAUUGGUCUGGAGAUCACCCCUUUCAUCAGUGUCAAUUCCAAGGCCUUCAGGAAGGGACUCACCAACAGGCUCUUGGUGCAAGACCAGUCUACUCCUUUGCCAGCUUUGACUCAGUUUAGGGACAUGCAAAGUGCUGCUGUUUUGGACCCAACCACCAACUUUACUCAGAGAUGGUUGCUUCAAAAGCUGGAGAACAUUGCCAAGGAGUACAAUAUCACUCAUUUUGUCCUGGAUGCUGGCAAGGCUAACAUGUUGCCACCCUCAGGAGACUUUGCAAUCAACUUACCCAACCCUGACAUGAGGAUAGACUACUUUGUGGAUGUGUUCAAGAAGGCAGGGGUGAAGUUGCUUGCAGUGACACCUGCCCCAGAGAACCUGGAAGGCCAGUGUGUGCUGCACAGAGAGACCCUCAACUUUUCCAGGCCAGCACAACUCAAGCAACUGGCCCACAGUGUCCUAAAUGCAGUCACACUCCAAGUGAGGUGCCUUAUGGUAAUUGUAGAGGUGGUGGACAGGAGGGACUACAAUGCCAACCUCAUGCAAAGAUGGGUCCAAUUAGUGUCCAUCUUGCCCAGGAGUUCAUUCUGGCCCUGGGUGCCAGGGGAAUGGAACAUGGCCCUAGAGGCCUACAGGAACAUGUCUGGCACCAGACUCAAGACCCAGUUGCCUGCCCCCAUGUGGACAGUGUCUGAUGACCCAGUUUUCCACUGGGUAGGGGAUCAGUUGGCUUUAGGGCCAUCUGACUUUGUGGCCCCAGUGCUGGGCCAGCAGAGGAACAGGGACAUUCUGCUGCCCAGUGGCAUCUGGGUGGACAGUGUUAAGAAGGAGGCCUUUGCUGGGCCCAAGAAACUCAGCAAGUUCAGACUGGACCUCAAGGACAUGGUAUACUUUAGCUGCAUUUCCAGGGACUCCAUCAACAUCCAAGUGAACAUGAGCAACAACAAUAAGAGGAAGAAGAAGCCUGAGGGGAAACCUGCAGACUGA